AUGCGUGUUUAUUUUUCACUCAGCAUCGCGCUUUUUCUUUUUCUGUUGUACGCCACGGCGGGACACUCUUUCCAUGCGGAAGACGCUCCAAUUUUGACCGAUGAGUUUUUGGAACAUGUGAACCGCCUCAACGGCGGAAAGUGGACGGCUGGCCGCACAAGCCGAACAAAACACCUCACGCGUCGCGGGGCAAGUCGGAUGCUGGGGACUUUCUUACGAAACACCAGCAUCCUCCCCCCGCGGCAGUUCAGCGAGGAGGAGCUUCGUGUGCCGCUCCAGGACAGGUUUGAUGCCGGAGAAGCGUGGCCGGAAUGCCCCACCGUCACGGAAAUCCGUGACCAAUCGAGCUGCGGCUCUUGCUGGGCUGUGGCAGCAGCUUCAGCCAUUUCGGACCGCUAUUGCACUCUUGGUGGCGUACGGGACCUCAGAAUUUCUGCGGGGGAUCUUAUGUCGUGCUGCGAUGUUUGCGGUUUUGGCUGCAAUGGUGGCUAUCCCGAAGUUGCCUGGGAGUACUACGCCGUGCACGGUAUUGUUUCAGAGUACUGCCAGCCUUAUCCUUUUCCAUCCUGUGCGCAUCACGUGAACAGCAGCGAUCUCUCCCCAUGCUCCGGUGAAUACGACACGCCUACGUGCAACAGCACUUGCACGGAUAAGAAGAUCCCAUUGAUUAAGUACAGGGGGAACACCUCAUAUGUCUUGAGCGGAGAGGAGCCUUUUAAGCGCGAGUUAAUUUUGAAUGGCCCAUUCGAGGUUUCAUUUUCAGUUUACGCUGACUUCGUGGCCUACACAGGCGGCGUGUACAAGCAUGUCGCUGGGAUUUUUCUCGGGGGCCAUGCGGUACGUAUUGUUGGCUGGGGUGAAUUGAAUGGAGAGCCGUACUGGAAGAUUGCGAACAGCUGGAAUCGUGAGUGGGGGAUGAAUGGCUACUUUCUUAUUGCCCGUGGCGUGGAUGAAUGCGGAAUCGAGGGAAGCGGCGUCGCCGGUACGCCAAGAAUACCAUGA